AUGGCCGUUCCUCCGACGAUCGCCGCCUCAUCAGCGUCGCUGUACGUGGGUGACCUCCAUCCGGACGUCACCGACGGACAGUUAUACGACGCCUUCACUGAGUUCAAGAGUCUUGCUUCCGUACGUAUCUGUCGCGACUCCUCCACCGGCCGUUCUCUCUGUUACGGUUAUGUGAAUUUAAUCUCUCCUCAAGACGCAAUUCGGGCGAUCGAGGUGAAAAAUCAUUCAAUGCUGAAUGGGAAAGUAAUAAGGGUUAUGUGGUCGCUUCGCGAUCCUGAUGCAAGAAGAAGUGGGAUUGGGAAUGUCUUUGUCAAGAAUUUAAAUGACUCAAUUGAUAAUGUCAAGCUACAAGAAGUUUUUCAGGAAUUUGGCAAUAUAUUGUCUUGCAAAGUUGCCAUGUAUGAUGACGGGAAGAGCAAAGGAUAUGGCUUUGUCCAGUUUGAGUCUGAUGAAUCUGCUAAUGCUGCUAUUGAGAAGCUUAAUGGUGCUAAUCUUGGAGGCAAACUGAUAUAUGUUGGUAAGUUUGUGAGGAAGAGUGAUCGGAUGUCACCUAGUCCCGAUGCUAAGUACACUAAUCUGUACAUGAAGAAUUUGGAUUCAGAUAUCUCAGAUGAACUUCUUAAGGAGAAGUUCUGUGAGUUUGGGAAAAUUGUUAGCUUGGUUGUCUCAAAGGAUGAAAAUGAGGCCUCAAGAGGUUUUGGAUUUGUUAACUUUGAAAACCCAGAUGAUGCUAGGCGGGCGAUGGAAGCUAUGAAUGGAUCACAGUUUGGCUCAAAGGUUUUGUACGUGGCGAGGGCACAGAAAAAAGCAGAGCGUGAGCAAAUUUUACGUCGCCAGUUCGAGGAGAAAAGGAAGGAGCAAAUCUUGAAAUAUCAGGGCUCAAACAUUUAUGUCAAGAAUAUUGAUGAUGAUGUCACUGAUGAUGAGCUGCGAGAACAUUUCAGUCAAUGUGGUACAAUUACUUCUGCAAAACUUAUGCGAGACGACAAAGGAAUCAGUAAAGGGUUUGGUUUUGUCUGCUUCUCCACACCUGAAGAGGCCUCUAAAGCUGUGAACACUUUUCAUGGAUACAUGUUUCACCGGAAGCCAUUAUAUGUUGCCAUUGCUCAAAGGAAAGAGGAGAGACAAGCCCAAUUACAGCUGCUGUAUGCACAGCACAUGGCAGGACUAGCGGGACCAUCAGCUGUUAUCCCUGGUGGAUAUCCUCCCCUUUACUACACAGCUCCUCCUGGUGUAGUUUCACAAGUACCUCCAAGACCUGGGCUGAUGUAUCAGCCUCUGGGUAUGAGGCCAGGGUGGAGGGCUAAUGGCUAUGCACCUCCAACAAGACCUGGUUUUCAGCCGCCUCCACUUCCAUUGAUUCCUAAUACUCCAAGACAACAUAGGCCAAACAGAGGGAGGAUGAAUGGCCAUAUGCUUUCACAUGGUGGUGGUCAUGCUGUUUCGUACGUGCCACAUUUACAACAGCCCACUCCCUCUGUGACUUUGUCCAAAGAUUCAAGCAAUCAGCAGCGGUCUGGGCAGGUUAAGUAUGUACCAAAUGGGCGUCUGCGUGACAUGAACAAAGGAUCUGGAGUAUCCACUGCUGCUUCAAAUUCCGCUGGAUCUGGAGCUGAGGGAUCCGAGAUGUUAAGUAGCAUGCUAGCUGCCGCUUCUCCUGAUAAGCAGAAACGGAUACUUGGGGAGCGUCUCUAUCCCCUUGUCAACCAACACAAGCCUGAUCUCACGGCAAAGAUAACGGGAAUGCUUUUGGAGAUGGACAAUUCGGAAUUGCUCCUGUUGUUGGAGUCACCAGAGUCACUGGCUGCAAAGGUGGAAGAAGCUGUGCAAGUACUCAAGCUCUCCAAGACCCAAGUAUCCACCCAAGAUGUUCUUCAUUCUAGUUACCUUUCUGAGGUUGCCGUCAACUGAAAAAAGGCUGCUGUCUCUCAACUGGGUUUUGGCCCCAAAAAAAAUAAAAUUGAGGAUAAGCUGCGGCUUGAGCGGCAAGCAAGCAAGAUUUUUGAUAGUUACUGUUGGUGAAACAUCUCUAUUUAUUUCUCCCCUAAAAAAACUUGCCUUCUUUUAGUUUCAUUUACAUUAUAGAGGAUUUCUGUUCUUGAAUACAUUUUGUUUCCCCCUACUAUAUGAAUCUGACUCCACAACUUGAGCAAUUCUUGAC